UAUUAGUGUGUGUGUGAGUGUGUGGUGCCUUGUCUGGGCUGGCUUCUGUGGGAUUGCUAGCCUUGUAUGUAGAUAGACAGACAGACAGAUAGAUAUAUUACUGUUAUUAUUGUGUGUGUGAGUGUGUGGUGCCUUGUCUGUGCUUUGUAUAGGACUGCCAGUCUCACAGAUAGAUAUAUAAACUUAAUUCUCACUGAAGUACCCCCAUACCUUAUCUUCUAUAGGACUGCUAACCUGACAGAUAGAUAGAUUAACAAACCAAUUUCCUUACAGUACAAUCAAGUACCCCCAAACCUUGCCUUCUGUGGGACUGCCAGCCUGACAGAUAGAUAAACAAAUGAAUUUCUUUACAAUACACUCCAGUACCCCUAAACCUUCUCUUGUCAUCCCCAGGUCUGUCUAAAUUUCGCGUCACUUCAGUCACCGGCAAGCCUCUCCCUUCCCCUCGGCUCAUUUCCGCCAACAUGCACGACCGUGUCUGCACCGCAUGUCCGCUAUACCCUAAUGGUCAUGCAGUGGGGCCAGUUUAUUGACCAUGAUAUUAUUUUCACCCCCAUCAACAAAGGUUUCCAAGACUCGAUUCUGGAUUGCCGCAGAUGUGACUCUCCCCAGACAGUCCACCCUGAGUGUUUCCCCAUAGCCAUUCCUCAGAACGAUCCAUUUUUCCCUCCUGUCAAUAUAUCAUCUGGCCAGCCAUUCUGCAUCCCCCUGACCCGCUCCAUGCCAGGCCAGCUGACUCUAGGCUACCGGGAGCAAAUGAACCAAGUGACUGCCUUCAUCGACGCCUCUCACACCUAUGGCUCGGACAAGUGUGAGCAGCAGCAACUGAGGACCAAGUCAGACGGCAUGCUACGAGGCACACCCAACCCCCUGCGAGGCAAAGACCUGCUGCCCACUGAGAAUGAGAACCACGAGUGUCAGGCUCCCUCUGGCCGGUGCUUCACUGGAGGAGACACCCGGGCCUCAGAGCAGCCUGGCUUGGCUGCGCUACACACUCUGAUGAUGCGUGAACACAACAGAGUGGCCGGGGAACUGAAGCGCCUCAACAAACACUGGAAUGAUGAGCAGCUCUUCCAAAAUGCCCGGCGUAUCGUGACGGCCAUCAACCAGCAUGUCACGUACAAUGAGUGGCUGCCAAGGGUGCUGGGGUGGAACGCUGUUAAUCUGUAUGAGCUUAACUUGCUGCCUGAGGGCUAUUCUGAAGAUUACGAUGCAUACUGCAACCCAACAGUGCUCAAUGAAUUUGGCAUAGCCUUCCGCUUUGGCCACUCUCUACUCAAGCCUUCCCUGGAGCGCAUGGACGGAAUAUUUGCCAAGCGCAACCCUCCUGUCAAGCUGAGCGAACACUUCUUCAACCCAGACCUACUCUACCAGCCUGGGAUGCUUGAUGAGAUCAUCCGCGGCCUGACUACUGUGUCCAUGGAGACACUGGACCAGUUCUUGACAGAUGAGGUGACCAACCAUCUCUUUGAAGACAAGCGGCAGCCAUUCUCUGGCCUGGACCUGACUGCCCUCAACAUCCAGCGAGGCAGAGACCAUGGACUGCAGCCUUACAAUGAGUACAGGGCCCUCUGUAACCUGACCAGGGCGAGGUCGUUUGAUGACCUGCACAGGGAGAUAGCGAGGCCGGUGAUCGAGCGAAUGAAACGGACGUACGCACACGUGGAUGACAUAGAUCUGUUCACUGGUGGAUUGAUUGAGACGCCGCUGCACGGUGGACUGGUCGGUCCCACGUUCGGCUGCAUCCUCGGCAUUCAGUUCAGGAACCUCCGCUGCUGUGACCGGUUCUGGUAUGAGAAUGCUGACCCACUUGUGCGCUUCACCGACCCUCAGCUCACUGAAAUAAGAAAGGUGACACUGGCCAAGCUUCUGUGUGACAAUUGUGACAAUGUGGAAAGUGAACAGCGGUCUGUCUUUGACCUUCCAGACCCCUUCCUGAACCCCCGAGUGUCAUGUCGCGACCUCCCCGGGGUGAACCUUGAGCUGUGGAAAGAGGAGCACGAAGAAGAGGAAGACCUACAUAGGAUCAGAUGGAAGGACCAUGUCAAUGAAGACACAAGAGACAAAGGAUUAGAUGAAAGAAUGCCUCAAGGCAGAAACAUCUGAAGAAGACUUUUGUAAAGAGCAAUCCCAAAUAGAAAUUAGGGUGGGAAGAAGCAGCGUUGGCACUCACCACAUUGGUAACAUAGAUGCCCAGGAG